AUGCCGCCGUCAGCUUCGCCGAGGCGCAAGAGCCAGGACUCGAAGGCGUCCCAGUCCAAGGCGUCUGGAAGUGGUGACAUUAGAGGCUUCUUCGGCGGAGCGUCUGCGAAGAAAGCUACACCGACUAAGAAGACGGGGACGACUGACACUCCUAUUCUUAUUGGUGAAGCCGCAGAGGUAGGUCAAGUCCAAGGUUUCACAUCUGACGAGUUCAGGCCCAAAGCAACGACGAGCAAGCACUUCCCAGCUGCUUCUUCAUCGAAGCGUCCCAUCGCGAUCGACUCUAGCCCUGAACCCGAGGUCAAGAAGACCAGGUCUUCCCCGCGCAAGACCGCAGCUAAGCGGAAGUCACCAGAAGACAAAGAGGACGAGCGCCCUGCUAAGAGGGUUGUGAAAGAGGAGAAACCGUCAAAGAAGAUCGUGGGUUUCAGCUGUAGGGAAGACGCUUACGAUCAGCUUCUCAGUAGUGACGAGGAGGACGAGGAGCCGAAACCCAAGGCGGUACCAAAGACGAAGACGCCAGCCAAAUCUGCGCCCCAGAAGAAGCCGCAAAUCCUUCUGGAGUCCGACAGUGAAGAGGAAGAAGCUCCUAAGCCGAAGGCGAAGAGCAAGGCGAAGCCUGCUUCCAGGUCCAAGUCACCGGAGAAGAAGCCUGACGCCAAGGGAAAAGCCAAGGCUAAAACGGAUGACGAGGACGAGAAGCCGAAGCCCAAGUCCAACUUCCGCCAGUACAUGCAGAAUAAGGCUGCGGGCCCUCGCAACCCGGGUUCCAAGGACAUCCCUGAAGGCAAGCCGGACUGCCUGGCUGGUCUGACUCUGGUCUUCACCGGCGAGCUCGAGUCUCUUGGUCGCGACGAUGCCAUCGAGAUUGCGAAGCGAUACGGAGCUUACGUAGUCAUAGGAGACAACGCUGGCCCGUCUAAGCUGAAGAAGAUCAAGGAGAUCGGCACGCCGACUUUGGACGAGGACGGAUUCCUCGACCUCAUUCGAAACCGCGAUGAGGAGCCUGACGAGGCUACACUGAAGAAGAGGGAGAAGGAGGAGAAGAAGAUCAGGGAGGCUGCUGCGGAGAUGGAGAAGCAAGAGAGGGAAGAGGAGAGAUUGCGCAAGCGGAAGGAAGCCGCGCUCGGUAAAACUGGCGUCGCUACAAAUCCCAGCCUCUGCCCAGCUCUGGACCACGAAGUACGCACCCAAGAACGUCAAGGAGAUUUGCGGAAACAAGGGACAGGUCGAGAAGCUGGGCGAAUGGCUGGCCAAUUGAACUACAAGUCAGGCUUCAGGAAGCCAGGCAAGGAUGGCUCUGGGUUAUACCGAGCAGUUCUUAUCUCUGGCCCUCCAGGUAUCGGCAAGACGACUUCUGCGCACAUCAAAGCCCUCGAAUCGGGCUACUCACCUCUCGAACUCAACGCAAGUGACACGCGCAGCAAGAAGCUCAUUGAGAAUGCGACCAACAUUGACAACACGUCGCUCGACGGCUACUUCGCUGGGAAGGGAGUCAUGUCCACGACGGUCACGGGCAUCGAUGACCUCAGCUCUCGCACUUGUCUUAUCAUGGACGAGGUCGACGGCAUGUCGGCUGGUGACCGUGGCGGUGUCGGAGCCUUGAACGCUCUCAUCAAGAAGACCAAGAUGAAGCCGCUCUGGGGCACGACGGCCAACAUGGCUUUCCGAAGGCCUGGACCCCUCGAGAUCCGUGCUCGCAUCCUCUCCAUUCUGCACAAGGAGAAGCUGAAGAUCCCUACGAACGUCGUGGAUGAGCUCAUCAAGGGCACUGGCUCCGAUAUCCGACAGGUCCUCAACAUGCUGUCCACGUACAAGCUCGGCAAAUCGGAGAUGAACUUCGAUGAGGGCAAGGAGCUGCUCAAGCUGAAUGAAAAGAACACGAUCAUGACCCCGUUCACCAUCAUCGACAAGCUGACGGGCCCGUACUCCUUCUCGAGGACAAGCAAGGACACGCUGAGCGACCGCAUGGAGAUGUACUUCCACGACUUCUCCUUCGUGCCCUUGUUCAUGCAGGAGCACUACCUGAAGACCAACCCCGCGGUCCUAAACAACCUCGACGGACCAGAGAAGGACAUGAAGAACCUCGAGCUCAUUUCAAAGGCCGCAGACUGGAUCUCGGACGGCGACCUCGUCGACAAGAUGAUCCACGGCGGCGAGCAGCACUGGUCACUCCUUCCCCUCCACGCCGUCACAUCAACCGUUGCGCCUGCGUACAACAUUUACGGCACAAAUCGUGCGACUCCGGGCGGCGGCUGGGGUGGACCUUCCUUCCCUCAGUGGCUCGGCCAGAACUCGAAGCAGGGCAAGCUGCAGCGCGAGCUGACAGACAUUCAGAUCCGUAUGCGUCUGCGCGUGUCUGGUGGCCGCGACGAGAUCCGACAGCAAUACAUGCCCCUACUCGCCAACAAGCUCGUGACUCCGCUCAUCGACGACGGUGCGGACGCGAUCCAACCGACGAUCGACAUGAUGGACGAGUACUACCUGGGCAAGGACGACUGGGACGCCUUCGUCGAGCUCGGCGUUGGCGAGAUGCAGGAAGACAAGAUCCUGAAGAAGAUCCCGUCGGCCGUCAAGUCGAGCUUCACGCGCGAGUACAACAAGCGCGACCACCCCAUUGCCUUCCACCGCGCGGACGCUUUCGCCGCCAAGGCAGCGGCGAAGAAGAUCAAGGACGAGCCCGCGCCGGACAACGAGGAGGUGUUCGAGGAGGACGAGGUCCCGCCCGAGGAGCCGGACGAGAAGAAGGAGGAGGCGGAAGAGAACGACUACACCAAGGACAAGCUCAUCAAGGCCGUCAAGCCCAAGGGCGCCAAGGGCAAGGCCGCUGCUGGCAAGGCUACGACCAGCAAGGCGAAGAAGAAGUAA